AUGGAAGUAAUAACACUUGCACGACCAUCGAAGGCAACAAGUACAGCUCCUUGUUUUUGGACUAAUUCCGAAGUAUUACAAUGGAUGAAAAAUAGUUUACCUGAAUUAUUUAAUAAAUAUGGUGGAUUUUUCAAAAGUCAUGGCAUUCGAGGACGAACUCUAUUUAUGUUAAAUGAUAAUCUACUUCUUGAAAUGGGUAUUAAUAAUGCACAAGAUCGAGCACAAUAUCGUAUUGAAAUAGCUAAAUUAAAAAUAAAAUCUGAUCUUCUAACAUUAAAAAAUACACAUCAUAAAGGUAAUAUUCGAUUUUUAGAAGAAAAUCCAAUUAGUGAAUUAUCUCCAAAUGACACUAUAUAA